GAGGGAGGAAUAUAAGAGACACGGCAAUAGAGGGGAAGGUAAUACAGAGGAGAACUUCCCUGUCAGGCUCACCAUGUUUCUGCUGCAGACUGUGACUGUUAUUUCUCUGACUGUCGUUCUCCUGGACGCAGUGGAAGGUGAUGGGGUACAGAUGCAGAGAGACGUUCAGUGCUGUAUGCAGUACUCCCAGGGGAAUGUGCGCACCAAAGACGUGCUGAGGUUUGAAGUGCAGACGGAGGGGCCAGACUGCAGCAUACAAGCCAUCAUACUGUACACCAAGAAGGCGGUGAAGUGUGCUGACCCCAGAGAUAGAAGGGUCAAGAGGUUACUGAGGAAGCUGCUCCAGAGACAGAGGAUCAAAGCACAUAGGACCAUGUGGCUCCACCCUCAUGGCAACCUGCCAGUCAUGUCAGAGGAUAAGAAGGAUGGGUGGGAUGCCCUCCAUGUGGAAUGAGUGUGAGGUUGCUACCACAGAAGGAAAAGUAUUGUCAUAGGCCAAGUAAACUUCCAGCGGCUUCUCAUCCUAACUCGGCCAAGCUUGCUGACUCUCCAGUCGUCUCGUGUCACUAUCUAUCUGGCUGGGAGUGUGUAGUGGCUGAGCUGUCAUCGCCAUACAUUGCGGAGUCCCUGAGAGGUUUUGAUAUAUAGCUAAAUGUCUUUUACACACUGUCGCUAACUAUGCCAAAGUAUUUGCCAAGUAUUUCUGAUUACUCUUUAUUCCGAGAAACCGGUCUUCACCAUCUAUGUAUGGCUGUUCAACUUCAUAGACGGCUUGUUCUCGCCUGAAACACAAUGUUAUUUAGAAAAUGCACUGUAUGUUUAAACACAUCUUCAGUGGAUCUUUUAUAAAUAAAUUAACCUGAAAGAGUUAGA